AUGGAAAAUGGAAAAUCUCGUAAGUUUGUCUCGGGCUGGCUGAAAAGAUUUCCAUGGCUAGCUUACUCCAAAUAUUUCGAUGGAGCAUUUUGUUUAGCUUGUGUUUGUUUUGGAGUUCAGUGUGGGCGAAACGCUAAUAAGUUAGACAAAUUAUUGAAGUCUCCUCUCACAAAUUGGACUUCGGCCGCUUCUCGCUUAACCAAACACUCGCUAGGAAAUUGUGAAAUUCACAAUUUUUCUAUGACUGCUAUGAAUGAUUUCAAGAGAAUGAUGCAAAGAGGAGCUGUCCCAAUUGACCAGCAGUUAAAUAACAUAGUUCAACAGCAAAUCGCGAGAAAUCGGGAGAUUCUAAAGUCCCUUUUCAAAACUAUUAUUUUCUGUGGGAAAACAACAUCCCACUCAGGGGGGAGAGAGAUGAUGAUCCCACUAAUGUUGCCCUAA